AAUGCAGCAUAAGAUCUCGGAUACAUGGAAGAACGCGUAUGACACGGACUACCCCGCAAUGGCUGAUGAUGGAGUAGACACCACCACCACCACCAACACCACCACCCCCUCCUCCCCUCCCAUACACGGACCCAACGGGGUCACCAACGGCCCCAACAGUAUAGUGAACGGCUUGCUGCGAAAGGCGGGAAGCUUCAGCGAUGUCGUCUGCUCAGGAGGCGGCAGUUUGGAGCAGAAGAUUCAGGAGCUCCGAGCCGAGAAGGAGGCCGGGGAGGUGAAGAAAUGCCCCUCGUCUAUGCCCAACGACCAGGACAGUCCUCUGGACUUCUCCGUGAAGCGAAGGUCUUCGUUUUCUGGAAGCCUCAGCGAUGACUCGCAGGCUUCCUCCUCCAGCCCGGGUCACGUGACGGACUACAAUGCCGUGUCCCCGCCCCCCGCGGUGGAACUGGGCGGCUCAGCCAAUCACAACGGCGAUCUCACGAGGAGAGCCACGCCCAGCCCGGGGAGCAAGCUAGACGAACAGAAGGUGAUGGGGCUGGGCGGGAUGAACAUGCCGCCGGCCUCCCCCAUGCCCCCGCUCAUCAACGGCAUGGGUUUUUUCCCCGGUCUACCUUCGAAUCUUCUCGCCAACGGCUCCGCCAUAAACGCUUUUUCGCAGAUGGCGGCCGCGGCUGCUUUUAUGGACCCAAGGGGCAAGAAGAACAACCGUCCUUUUAAAGCAUAUCCGAAAGAGGCGCUGCAGAUGCCGCUUGGGUUUUUUGGCCUCCCCGGCUUGACGGCAGCGGCACUACAGCAAGGCACGGACUCCGGGGGAGGCAGGGGAGGCAUGAACAGCGAGGAGAUCAUGAACAUGUACAACCAGCAGCUACAGCUUCUCCGAGAGAAGCAGCUAUCAGCUUCCGGCCACGUCACGGGGGCGGGUAAAACGUCCUCCCCUCCUUCUUCUCAGGUCCAGCCUCACCCUUCGGCCAAUACGAAUCACAACAGCCACAACAAUAACAACAGCAACAACAGCGGCUCCAGCCCGCACCACUCUCAUCAAGCUCAGCACCAUCAUCAACAGCAUCAACACCAUCUCCACCAACAACAGCAUCAUCAUCAGACACAAGGCUCACAGCUCCACCCCCACCACCCCCACCACCACCACCACCACCACCAUCAGGGCAAUCGCCGUUUGUCCAGCUCGCCGACACACAUCCCAUCUCAGCACCAGCAAGGAGGGACAGGCGGUCUGAGCCCACCUUCUCCUCUUCCCCGAGACACUUCAGACCUCAUGACGGCCGCCAGCAAUAACAGCCACCACCAUCACCCCCACCCCCACCUCAGCAGCAACAACAACAACAGCAGCCACAGCUCGUCGUCACCUCCUUUCCCUACCCCCACCACGCCGCUCCCCCCACCCUCGUCAUCCACCUCCCCCUCCGCAUCCAUGAACACAACGCUAGUCUCCAGCACCUCCUCCUCCUCCUUCGCCUACAACAACUCGAGGAAGCGUCCCCGCUCUCUCCCCGACGACCAGAAGGACGCGGCGUACUGGGAGCGCCGGCGGAAGAACAACGACGCCGCCAAGCGGUCCCGCGACGCCCGGCGUGCCAAGGAGGACGAGAUCGCGAUACGCGCGGCCCUGCUGGAGCAGGAGAACAUCAAGCUGCGCGUGGAGGUCGCGGCGCUCAAGACGGAGACGGCCCGCCUCAGGUGUCUGCUCUACAACAGUUAGGACGACAGCAUCUUCAACAGCAACAGCCGCAACAACAACAACAACGCGAACCACAACAACAACAAUUGCAACAACCGCAACAACAACUGCAACAACUGCAACAAUAUUAAGAACAACAAGAACUACUACGGCCAUCUUCAAAAUGACCAAAUGUGUUGAACUGGGCGUUCAACUCGCACUCAAACUUACAAAGGCAUAAUCUCUACUUUGUCCUUGCUGCUCACAUCAGCAGUGUUUUUCGUUAGCUUUGGUUGUUACUUUCUCGGAUGUUGUCCGGAAUGUCCCCAAAAUGUUAGAUGUUUCACUCAUCAUUGUCUUUUGCACAAUGGCAUGCCCUGUGUGCACACUGUCUACUCUUCUGUAGGGGGUAAAACCUAAGAAGUUCUAGACGUCUCCGUCAAUCUUGUUGUCACCCUAAGCUAACGUUGUUCUUGAAACAUGAUACUGUGUGGUUGCAUUUUUUAAUUAUUUUUUUUUGGUUGUUGCCUUUUCUUCUUUUUUUUCAACAAACUUUUUGGGUGAUCAUGUCGUUAAGCGUAGAUGGUCAGAUGAGAGAGGGAUGGUUACUUCUUACUGUUCUUACGACGACUCUGAUAGUGGUGUUGUGUUUUGCUGUCAAGGCGGAGAAUUGACCUUUUACAAGUUGAGCUUUGGUUUGUCUGUUCCUGCACUUUUCUGAUCAAGCCUCAUCAAGACUUUCGUUGUCUGCGGCGGGCUCUUAAUUAAGACGAGCCCUGUCACUAACAAAGAAACGCCAGUGUGGGAAGACUUAAAGUUUGUCAUGACGAUUGCACUAAUGCAUUGUUCGAUAUGUUGUUUGAGACUCCUGUUCACGUUAUUCUCAACAGUUUAUAUAUAUAUCUUAUUGUCUAUGCUGCAAUUCUCAGGGAAAUGAUAAUUAUUGAAGAUAUG